CUUUUAAGUUUAAGAGAUCUUCAAAGUUUUGACAAAUUAAAUAAAUUUGAUGACUCUGAUGAUGAGUGUGAAAGCGAUGAUAAUGAAAACAAUAUUCACAAGCCAAAAAUAGUGGGUGUUAUUUACAAAGAAAAAUUGUGAUGAUUUUGAAAAAGAAAAGAUUUUAAUUUGGUUAUUAUAUAACCGGAGUGAUACCUUUUUAAUUAAUUAUACUUAUUUAUUAAUAAAAAUGUUGACGGAUAACAUAACCUCACUUUAUUGUUAUUUUUAAUAUGCAAGUUUGGUUGCGUAUAUUACGUUGUUUUUGAAAUAAAAUUUAAUUAAUUUAAAUAAAUUUUUGUUUAUAAAUAAUUUCUGUUGUUAACAAAUGAUUGAAUUAGUUGUUGUUUUUGAUUAGGUUGAUGUGUUUAUUUUGUUGUAAUUGGCUUGGAAGGAGAAAUAAAGGUAUAAUGGUGGGUAUUUUUAUCAAGUUCUUAUCUUUUGAGGUAAAUAAUACUUUGCGAUAUCUGACCGUGCAUACGAAAAAGUGCUCAGUUCGAAAACCAAAAUUACUAGAUGAUCCAUAGUUAUUAAGGUGUGUUCCUUAAUUAAUUUUUAAUUUAAUAAGAUUACGAUAAAAUAAAUGAAAUGGGUGGAAAAUCCUCCAAAGCUGAAUCAUUAACGCGCUCAUUAUCGCUGCGUAAGAGCCAAAAAAAUUCUUUGCAAAAAAUCCAAAGGAAAUUAGAUAAAGUUAGCAAAGAUAUUCAUAAAUUUAGCGGCUCUGUCGACGACGCCAAGUACACAGAUAUUAAAAAAUCGAUCGCGCAAAUCAUCGAUGAAUUAGAAAAGAUUAGUUCCGUCGUUAAAGACAAGCACAAAGAUUUAUACCAAGAUAUUUUAGAAAGCUGCAACAAUCAGCUGCAAAAAUUAGACAUGAAAGUGACUCAUGCCUCAAGACCAACAUCUUCCAACUCACUUCCCCCACAACCAUCGUCCCCAAUCAUCUCACCAAUAGCCUCACCUUUAACUUUACCAUCUCAAUCCCCAACUUUCUCACCGAGAUUUUCACCCCCAAGUUCACCAACAAAUUAUCCAUCAUUCGAUAGCCCAUUAUCAGAAAGAAGCGAGAUCUCUCAAUUAAAAGUGGUUAAAGUCAGCGUGGAGGAACCAAAAAUUCAUUCGUACAAAGAUUACGACGACGACGACGAUGAUGACGACGAAGAAUCGUUUUACGAUCCACAAAAAGAAGCGAUUAACUCAAUAGAUCAAAUGCGCCGAAAAAUAGAAAACUUGGAAGAAAAAAUUCACGAAUACAAACAAUCCAAAGACCCAAAUCUUUACGAACAAACAAGAACCGCUUUGAAUCAAAUCAUAAUUAAAUUGGACAACAUGGAAACGUACGGCAACGUUCAAAUCAAAUACGAAAGAAAAUUGGCGCUACAACGGGCCCAAGAAUGCAUGAAAUAUUUAUUGGAUGGGAAUAAAUUGCAAACGCAAAUUACUUUGGAGAUGCAUCAAACCACCAAAAAUGGGGAUGAAAAUCAAGAAAAUGAAAAUAAUAUUGAAACGCGACAAAAAGUUGGUUCUUAUAUUCGCCCGGUUACUUUGGAUUUAAACGCGAAUGAUAAUUUGAAGGAGGAAUUGAGGCAAGUUCUUCAUAAACGGAUUGAAGAGGCCACUAUGGAUGAUGAUGAUGAAGAUGUUGAUUCGGGGAAAAAGGAAGAACGAUUCGAUAACACGGAGAGCGAAGAUGAUUUCGAUUUUGUUAACGUGGAAAGCGGGGAUAAAAAAACGAACCCCGUCUUGGUAACGUCGCUUUAAUUACAAAUAUGAAUUAAGAGUAUUUAUUGUUAUUAAUUAAAAAUUUAAAUAAAAUUUAAUUUUUUGACAAU